AUGUCAAAGAGGAAAGUGACCUUCCAGGGAGUGGGAGAUGAGGAUGAUGACAAUGAAAUGAACGUUCCCAAGAAGAAGCUGGUAGACCCUGUGGCUGGGGCAGGAGGUCCUGGGAGCCGCUUCAAAGGUAAACACUCUUUGGACAGUGAUGAGGAGGAUGAUGAUGAGGAGGGGUCCAGCAAAUAUGACAUCCUGGCUUCAGAGGAUGUGGAGGGUCAGGAAGCAGCUACACUUCCCAGUGAGGGCGGGGUGCGGAUCACGCCCUUCAACCUGCAGGAAGAGAUGGAGGAAGGCCACUUUGAUGCUGAUGGCAACUAUUUCUUGAACCGGGAUGCUCAGAUCCGAGACAGCUGGCUGGACAACAUUGACUGGGUGAAGAUCAGGGAGCGACCACCUGAUCAGCGCCAGGCCUCAGACUCAGAGGAGGACAGCGUGGGCCAGACACCAAUGAGUGCCCAAGCCCUGUUGGAAGGCCUUCUGGAGCUGCUGUUGCCAAGGGAGACAGUUGCUGGGGCAUUGAGGCGUCUGGGGGCCCGAGGAGGGGGCAAAAGGGACAGCAAGGGGCCUGGGCGGCCGAGCUCCCCCCAGCGCCUAGACCGGCUGUCAGGGUUGGCCGACCAGAUGGUGGCCCGGGGCGACCUUGGUGUGUACCAAGAGACUCGGGAGCGGUUAGCCAUGCGGCUGAAGGGGCUGGGGUGCCGGACCCAGGGAUCCCAUGAGUCUGCACCCCCACCCUCUCUGGACAUGUUUGCUGAGGAAGUGACGGAGGGGGAGCUGGAGAGUGUGACCCCUGCCCAAAGAGGAGGAGAGUCGCCAGGGGAUGGUCUAGUGGACGUGAUGUGGGAAUAUAAGUGGGAGAACACAGGGGAUGCUGAACUCUAUGGGCCGUUUACCAGCGCACAGAUGCAGACCUGGGUGAAUGAAGGCUACUUCUCAGAUGGUGUUUAUUGCCGGAAGCUGGACCCUCCUGGUGGUCAGUUCUAUAAUUCCAAGCGCAUUGACUUUGACCUCUACACCUGA